GCGUUAGCAUGUGGCCACCGUGCGGGGCGCCUCGUGCCCUGGCCUUGAUACGGCCACGGGUAUCAUCGCGAGCCUGCAGCGGGGACGGAAGUGUGUCCUACACGCAGGGCCAGAGCCCCGAGCCCCGGACUCGCGAGUACUUCUACUACGUGGACCACCAGGGCCAGCUUUUCCUGGAUGAUUCCAAAAUGAAGAAUUUCAUCACCUGUUUCAAAGACCUGCAGUUCCUGGUCACGUUCUUCUCGCGUCUGAGACCCAAUCGCAGCGGGCGCUACGAGGCCUCCUUCCCCUUCUUCUCGCCUUGUGGCAGAGAGCGCAACUUCCUGCGCUGUGAGGACCGGCCCGUGGUCUUCACGCACCUGCUGGCCACGGACCACGGACCCCCGCGCCUCUCCUACUGCGGCGGCGGCGAGGCCCUGGCAGUGCCCUUCGAGCCGGCGCGCUUGCUGCCCCUGGCGGCCAACGGGCGCCUGUACCACCCGGCGCCGGAGCGCGCGGGCGGUGUGGGCCUGGUACGCUCGGCCCUGGCAUUCGAGCUCAGCGCCUACUUCGAGUACGGGCCCGGCGCCCCCGAGCUGCCCUCGCACGUGCGCUGGCAGGGCCACCGCCUCGCCCUCACCAUGGAUCUGGCCCCACUGCUGCUCGCGGCCCCGCCGUCCUGAGCCGCGGCAAGGCCGGGUCCCCUGCGUUCCCGCCCCCCUCCCCGGCGGCCCUGCGUCACCUCCCCUGGGCUCCCCGGCGACCCCAGUGCCCCUCUGCUUCUCCGCGGCUCCAGCGCUCGAGGUACCGCGUAGCUGACGCGCCUGCCCGCCGAGUGCGCGUGCGCUCCUAGGCGCGCUG